AUGAUUGUCUUGAUGUCAUCCCACUUCCUAGCACCCUCAUGCUCAUGCUUGAGGAUAGCUUCCCCUGUGAUGUUGUUGAAUCGGUCCAGUGGUGGUAAGAAGCUGCCCUCAUAUGGUGCAUGCCCGGUGGAGGAGGCAGUGGUUGUUGCAAUUCAGUGUUUUGUUGUUGAGCCGUGGACAAUAAUAGCACUGGAUGGAUUGACUGAUUUUCGCCUAUUGCUAGAUUUGAGGACUGGAAGGCCAAAACUAGAGGCUGACAAUCAUUGUUCUUAUUUUGGAUUUUGA